GGUCAAGGACAUUGAUGUCUAUAUAACUUUUUACGACUCUCUCUCUCACACACACCUUACCCUAUCCAUCACUCUCUUCACGUCUCUUCCUGCCCGGAUCUUCCUUUUUCAGCAGAUUUUGUUACUCGGGUUUGCAAAUUAUCGUGUUUGGGAUUUGUAUUGGAUUUUCAAGAUUGUUGUCAGUCGAUUUUCUGUUCUGGAAUAUUCAAACAGCUAAGAGGUCAAACACAGCAUGCGGUGGUGUAGCUUAUCUGUAGACGUUUAUCGUAAAGUCAUCUCCCUCAAUCUCUACUGUCGCGUGAUUCUCUAGUAUUUAAACCUUGGAAUCCCCAUCAAAUCAGUAAUUAGUAUUAACAUCUCCCUUUAAAAAUCGUUAAAUUUCUCCAUGGGAACUAAUCUUUUUGUCGUCAUCCCCUGCUACUGCCGUUGGAUUAGCUGAACCAACCCCGAUCCCGAUCCCGUUCUUUAAUCUUUGAUCAAGAUUGAAUCUUUUUGGUGUUGAUUUGUUUGGGUCAUCGUUGUUGAGAUCUUUUUGUGGGGGUAAAUUCAUACAAAGGUUUGCAAGUAGUUAUGGUGUGUCAAUCUGCCGGCCAAACAAGAUUCCGGGCGUUGAAACACGAAAAUGGAAUUGAUGGGAGUGCCACCAUAAUUGUUAAAGUUAUUGCAUGCUUUCAACCUCUCCAAGAUUGUCAGGCUGAGUAUUUCCGACAUUUGCUUAAACCUGUAACGUAGUUCUGUUUUUCCACUUCGUGAUCAAGCUGGCAUUUUUUUAUUUCAUCGUUAUUAAAGUUUUUCAGAAAUCUUUAUAUACGCACGUGACACUGUUCAUCUCCUGGUGACAAACUUUGGUUAAAUGGAGAAGGGUUUUGAAUCCUGGUUUCAAAGCCAACAAAUCGAUCCAAAUUUGUCGAGUGCUCCCGGUUUCCGGCACCGGCUUAACAUUCCGUCUUUGGGGAGCAUGCUUUCACCUUACGGAAACCCCCCGGAAUUCGCAAUUCCGGCCAGCAAACCGGAACAACUUCCUGAGCUUGUACAGAAGAAGUUUCUAGUGUUUGAUCAAUCAAAUGAUCGGACCACACUGAUUUACAGCUCGAUUCCGAUUCCGUACCACCUCCCGGAACCACAAUUCACCUUUGAAAUGAAAAAUGAGGAUUCGGUUAUGGAAAAACAAAAGGACACCCGUUCUUCGGAUUCGUUUCAUGAGGAUACAGAAGAGCUCAAGGCAUUGCUAUCCUCUGAUGACGACGGAAUCGAUGAUUCCGAAGACGAGGAUGAACAGAGUACCGGGCAUUCCCCGGUGAUGGGGUUCGGUAGCCAUGAAUGGCUGGAAGAAGUAGCGAGUUCGGUGGGUUGUAGGAAACGCCAGAAACUGGAUUCCGGAGAGUAUGAUGCGGUUUCCCUUGAGGACACAGCAACCUCCGGUGUUAAUUGCUCCAGUGAGGCGGAGCUAAGUAGCUGCGGGAAUAAUGGCGGAAAUGGGGUGGCGGAUGUGGAAUCAGGGGGUAAGAGGUUAAGAAAAGAGAAAGUGAGGGAGACUAUAAGUGUUCUUCAGAAUCUGAUUCCUGGUGGUGGGAGGAAUGGGAAGGAUGCCAUGGUAAUUCUUGAUGAAGCCAUUAAUUACCUGAGAAUUUUGAAGGUGAAAGCUAAAGCCUUGGGGCUUGAUUCUCUCUAAAUGCAUCGUGCAUUAAGAGUUGCACGUUGAUCUAGCUAAGCUAGCUUUGGUUGGGGAUAAUUAAAAAAAAAAAUCUUUACUUUAUUCAAAUUGUGUCUACUGGUGUGUUUUGCGUGUAAAAAAGAGAAUAAGACGAGGGAAAAUUGCAGUUGGAAUGGAAUGGAAUUUGAAAUCUUUUGUGAAGAUAAGUUUUGGUUUCCUGAAAUCCUGAUGAUGAUGAUGGUUGAUGGUAAAAAAAGAUUUAGGCUUUAUGUAAAAUCUCUUGCUUCCGGUGAGUGUACAACUUUUACUCCGUGAAGUACACAAUUCAGUCGUUGCAAAAUCAUUGUCAUCGAUUUUUGCUUAAAAAGAAAAGCGAGAUGUGUAUAGCUUUUUCUGAGAUUGUGUGAAAGAAGGGGUAAUUUGGUAAAAUUGGUACUUGGGAUUUGACUGGUUGUGGGGUUGGGAUGAGAAAAUUGAAAGCAGGUUUGAAUUGAUACCCAUCCAUCAAGGCGUUCUCAAGUAUUAACUAGGAUUGUUGGUAAUGAUUCUCCAUGGGUCUAUAAAAAGGUUAAAGGAAAACCGAAUCUGAUAGUCAAGUACAACUUUUACUGCAUGGGGUACAAAUUUUAAAGACUUUAUUGUAUGAUUUAUGAUCGAAUAUGGCCAAGUUUGUAGUAAUGUACAACUUUGAUUUAAUGAAGGAAUGAGGUACUAACUUGAAGCCUAGGGUAAGAAUUUUCUUAUUGUAUUAUUAUUGUACAACUUUUAUUGCAAGUAUUUUCUUGGAUCA